GCGAAGGAGGACCUUUUUCCGCUAAUAAGUGGAGCCUUUCUUUCCAUUUGAACAUUCGAGAGGCACACGAACUCCAGUGAGAGCUUCAGUUCAUCAUUUCUAGAAAAUCAAAAUCCCUAAAAUCUUCCACAUCACUCGCAGAUCUAAUCUAGGGUUUACUCUGUAGUCCAUCGAAAUAGAAAUGGCGAUCUCUGCACAAACUCCUGACAUUCUAGGUGAACGACAGUCAGGCCAGGACGUUCGCACUCAGAAUGUGAUGGCGUGUCAAGCUGUAGCUAACAUUGUCAAAUCUUCACUUGGCCCUGUUGGUCUAGACAAGAUGUUGGUAGAUGAUAUUGGUGAUGUAACAAUUACCAAUGAUGGUGCCACAAUUCUUAAGAUGUUGGAAGUAGAGCACCCAGCUGCCAAGGUGCUUGUGGAGUUGGCAGAGCUUCAGGACCGAGAAGUUGGAGAUGGAACAACUUCAGUUGUUAUUGUCGCUGCAGAGUUGCUUAAGAGAGCAAAUGAUCUGGUGAGGAAUAAGAUUCACCCAACAUCAAUUAUCAGCGGAUACAGACUUGCUAUGAGGGAAGCAUGUAAAUAUGUUGAUGAAAAACUGGCAGUGAAGGUUGAAAAGCUCGGAAAAGAUUCUCUAGUAAACUGUGCCAAGACAAGCAUGUCCUCAAAGUUGAUAGCUGGCGACAGUGAUUUCUUUGCAAAUCUGGUUGUAGAUGCUGUACAAGCUGUCAAGAUGACGAAUGCACGAGGGGAAAUUAAAUACCCAAUCAAGAGUAUCAAUAUUUUGAAGGCUCAUGGACAAAGUGCAAAAGAUAGCUACCUGUUGAAUGGCUAUGCCUUGAAUACUGGCCGUGCUGCUCAAGGAAUGCCUACAAGAGUUGCACCUGCUAAAAUUGCAUGUCUUGACUUCAAUCUUCAGAAGACAAAGAUGCAAUUGGGUGUACAAGUUUUAGUCACUGAUCCCAGGGAGCUUGAGAAAAUUCGUCAAAGAGAAGUUGAUAUGACAAAGGAACGUAUUGAGAAACUCUUAAAAGCUGGAGCAAAUGUUGUUUUAACAACCAAAGGAAUUGAUGACAUGGCUCUUAAGUAUUUUGUGGAGGCUGGGGCUAUUGCUGUCAGACGUGUUCGAAAAGAAGAUAUGCGCCAUGUUGCCAAGGCCACGGGUGGAACGAUGGUUUCAACGUUUGCUGAUAUGGAAGGAGACGAAACAUUUGAUCCAUCACUUCUUGGAUAUGCUGAUGAAGUUGUGGAAGAGCGCAUUGCUGAUGACGACGUAAUUAUGAUAAAGGGGACAAAAUCUACAAGUGCGGUAUCCUUAAUUCUUAGAGGAGCAAAUGACUAUAUGCUGGAUGAGAUGGAUAGAGCUCUGCAUGAUGCUUUAUGUAUUGUGAAAAGGACCCUUGAAUCUAAUACGGUAGUAGCAGGUGGAGGGGCAGUUGAAUCUGCCUUAUCUGUGUAUUUGGAGUAUCUUGCUACAACUCUAGGAUCUCGAGAGCAGUUGGCAAUUGCGGAGUUCGCCGAAUCUUUGCUAAUCAUACCAAAGGUACUUGCUGUCAAUGCUGCCAAGGAUGCCACAGAGUUAGUUGCAAAACUAAGGGCUUAUCACCACACUGCGCAAACAAAGGCUGAUAAAAAACACUUGUCCAGCAUGGGACUAGAUCUUUCAAGGGGCACCAUCCGUAACAACUUAGAAGCUGGAGUCAUCGAGCCUGCAAUGAGCAAAGUGAAGAUAAUUCAGUUUGCCACGGAAGCAGCCAUAACAAUUCUCCGGAUUGAUGACAUGAUCAAGCUUAUCAAAGACCAAAGUCAAAACGAUCAGGAAUAGGUACUAUAUUCUUUUUUUUUUUCAUCGAUAUCUCUGGCGAGUAGCAAGAAGGGAGUAGGGGAAUGGGAAAUCUGUUGUGCAUUGUUUGAAGAUUUUUGGUUUAGGUUGGAUUGUUUGUUGUGCCCUCGAGUAUAAACACAUUGAACGUCUUCUCUAGAAUCACCUUUACAGUAAAACACAAAGCAAUGCCUUUUCUUUGUGCGUAUUAAUGCACUACUAAUCCGCUUAGUGAACAAGUAGCAAGAAGCUGGUGGCUCCUGCCAUUUUUGUCAAUUUUAUUUUUCUGUGGUUUCUUUCCGGUGAUUAUGGUACAUUGAGAUUAAUCAGGCGUUAAUUAUGGUUCAAAUUUUAAA